UAAUGUUUUUAAUCAUUUUUUAAAGUUAUAAUAUAAAAAUACUUUUCGCUUUAGUUACAAAUGUUUAGUAUCAUAAACAAAUUAAAAAUUUAGAGUUGACGUAUUUGAUACCAGCCACCUGUUUCUAACUUCAUAUUGUUGGUAUUUCAAACUACUUUUUACGAAGUUUUUAUAUUUUCAUUAUUUAUCUUCGCAUAUACGUCAACUAUUGAAUUUUUUUUCAAUUGAACGUUUUUAAUUUGUUUUUGUUCAUAUAUUUAUUAUUAAGAUUAAAAAUAACUGUAGAUUAAAUGACAACUAAAAAAAAAGAAGAAAUCUAAUAUUUAUCGCUAACUUCAUAUAUAUUCAGUAAACGUCAAAAGGGAUGAUACGUACAAGAUGGAGUUUUAGUUUGUGCUAACAUAAAGUAGGUUUUAGUUCAGUUUACGUUGAGAUUUGUUUAAUUCCCUGUAAAUAAAAUCAUGGAUUUCGGUCAAGUUUUAAGUACCGCCCAGAAAAAUGAAAAAUCAAAAGAUCAAAAGGUGAGGUAUUAUAGUACAAAGUUCGAACCUCCGAAAAAAGAAAAAAAGACGUCUAGUCAACUUUCUGAGAAUAUUAAAAAAUUCUUAGCCAAAAAGGAAGAGGAAGAGAAAAAAAAAGCUGAAGAAGCCAGAAGGAAACGAGAAGAAUUACUCGCUUUAAGGUCACAGGACAAAAAAGCGACAAAAAGAGUGAAUGUUAUGCUCAAAAGGACCAAAUCUGCGAAUCAAUCGGUAUUGGAAGAUGCAGUAGAUAACGUUAACACUGCAGUAACGCUCGUUGGCCCCAUGCAACCCGACGAGGAUGAUUACGGCUACGUAUCACAAGAAGCUUCCGAUUAUUAUAAUAAAAUGAUGGAAAAAUAUAGUAAAAUGCCCGACGAACCGAAAUUCGAUCUGACCAAGAAGAAAGUCAGUACAAACUUAGGAAGUACCAAAGAUCGAGUUAAAGCUGCUUUAGAAAGAGAAGAAGAGGAAGCUAAAUUACCGCAUAGAAGGAAAAGGAAGCAUAAAGAUACGAAACAAGAAGACGAAGAAGAAGGCAUUAGUUACGGUACACCGGAUAGGAUAACAACAGAUAAAAAUUCGUCGGAAAAAAGCGAUAAAGAAAAAAUGCCGCCGCCGAAAUCGAAGCCGAAACCGCCGCCUCCGGCAAUGACAUUCGCGGAUAUAUUAAAACUAGCCGAAAAAAAACAAUUCGAACCGAUCGUGAUAGAAAAACAAGAGAAACAAGAAGAAAGAUUAUUAACGAAAAAACAAAAAAUGGAAAUGGAAAAGGAACGUUUGGUGCAAUUGAGAAAAGAAGAAAGAAGGAAACAGAUGCUUUCGUCGGGGAGGAUACCGAAAAUAGGGGAUAAAAUAAAACAAGAUAGUGCCAAAAACACCGAUAAACAAAAAACAACCAAAACUAAUGAUAACGUCAAUACCAACAGUAAAGAAGGAACCGGUAAUAAAGAAAAACCUAAAAAUUCGUCGUAUACUUCGAAGAAAAAGAAAGAAAUGGAAGAAUUAUUUCCAGAAGAAACUAGACCGGGAAGAAAAUAUCUACCAGGGGACGUCCGGUAUAAACCGGAACAAAAUACCAGUAAUAACCUACCCGGAAAUAAACCUACGACUCCGGUUAGUAAAAAACCAGUACCACAAUCGAGGAAAGAUCUACCUACGAGUGCAAAAAAUCUACCCACUAGUGCAAAAGAUCUACCCAAGAGUGCAAAAGAUCUACCCUCGGAUGUUCCGCAGAAAAAACCCCCCGCUACUGAAGUGGCACAGAAACUUCCCCCCAAACGAUUCCCUCCCAACGAUAUCAGAAGGAGUAAUCAGAAGAUGGUAGCGAAACGCGGACGAAUUCUGGAUGACGACGAAGACGAAUACGAUUCGGAAAUGGAUGAUUUUAUCGAUGACGACGAUACAGGAGAGGAUAUUUCGAAAUAUAUAUCGGAAAUAUUCGGUUACGAUAGAAAAAGAUUUAAAGACGACGACGACGAUGUUGAUAAUAUGGAAUCGUCUUUUGCUCAACAGAUGAAGGAAGAGGUGAUUAGUACCAAGCUGGGCAUAAUGGAAGAUUUGGAGGAGGAGAAAAAGGAAGAGGAAGCUAAACGUAGGAAAUUAUUAAUGAAGAAAAAGAUGCGUCGAUGAUAGAUUCGUUAGUUAUUGUCAAUUUUUUUUGUGAUUUUUUGUUUUUUUUUUAUUUAGAAAACGGUCGUUUUGAGGAUAUUUAUUUGAUUUUUGGUAGAUCUGCAACAUUCUCGAACCAAAUUUAUCGAUUUAUUUGGUUUUUAUUUCAUUUAAUGUAUAUUUUAUUAAUAUCAAAUAUUUUAUUUAUUAUAUAUAUGCCCUUCUUAUAACCUUUCGGGGUAUUUAUACAUGGAUUUAUCCAUUAAAUAUUUGUGAUAGAUCGUUUUCAAUAUAACACUAUUAUAUAUCGUUAAAAUUUAUAUUCGUGUAUAAAUAAAUCAUGAUUUUAAAAGC